AUGGAGAAGCAGCCAGUUCAGGUUGAGUCGCCUCACUAUGGCGAUGCAGAAGCCAGUAGGCAAGCUACCGACUUUGAAAUAACCGAGCCCACAACGUCCCUGGGAGCCCCUUUGACACAAGUCGACUCAGAUCCUUACGGCAGCCGUCCCGCUUGUUUUAGCAGCCUCUUUCAAGAAUGCCUUUUCGUCCUCACCACAACCAUCGCCGUGGGACAGAGUUCAAUCUUCACGGGCGCGAUAUUGUGCAUGACGAAUGCAAUCGGCGAGGACUUGGGUAUGACAGCUGCUGAAGUUACCUGGAUUAAUGCUGCCCAAACGCUCGCAGCAGGCACCUUCUUGCUCUUCUUCGGCCGCGUGGCUGAUUUGUUUGGGAGGAGAUUUCUAUUCCUGUUGAGUCUGGCAUUCUUCAGCAUUUGCCUGCUGAUCACGGGAUUCGCGACGAAUGCGUACUUUCUGGAUGUAUUUUGCGGCCUGCUCGGUCUCAGCUCAGCGGCUUCCGUUCCUCCGGCAAUCGGCAAGCUGGGGGCGGUGUACGACAGGCCGAGUCGACGAAAGAACCGAGCAUUUGCCUGCUUUUCUGGUGGCAACCCGGUCGGCUUCGUGUUGGGCGCGUUCAUCUCUGGUGUGACGAUGCAGGUGUCUUCCUGGCGAGCAGCAUUCUGGGUCAUGUCCGUGAUUUACGCAUUCUUUUUCUUCGCUGCAUGGUGGACGACGCCUCCAGACGUCGAACAAACACUGGGAGGGCUCAACAUGGACACAUUUGUCAAAUUCGACCUACUAGGAGCAUUCCUUGCCGUCGGAGGGAUCGCCAUGUUCACGGCUUCUCUGACUCUGGCCGGGGACGCACCAAAGGGAUGGGCGACACCGUAUGUGAUCGCCCUGCUGGUGGUUGGGACCGUGCUGGUCGCAGGCUUCAUCUAUUGGCAGAGUGUCUUUCGGUACCCUCUCAUGCCAUUGAGGGUCUGGAAAGACCGAAACUUCACCCUCGUCGUGACAGUGCUGUGUCUCGGCUUUUACGGCUUUGCGGGCAAUCUGUUCUGGUUGACUCUGCUUUGGCAGAGAAUCAAUCGACUCUCGCCUCUGAUGGUGGCAGUGCACCUUCUUCCGGCAGGCAUUGGGGGGAUUCUCGUCAAUGUGCUGGCAGCUAUGAUCAUGCAUCGGAUCUCAAACCGACUGAUCAUGAUUAUUGGUGCAGCCAGUGCGGUUGUUGCUUCUGCUCUUCUCAGUGCAAUACACACGUCCAUAUCGUUCUGGGCGCUGGCCUUCCCAGCAUUGCUAUUUAGCGUACUAUCGCAAGAUUUGGAGUUCACUGUCACCAACAUGUAUGUCAUGUCCUCACUACCGAGUGAGCAGCAGUCAGUUGCAGGAGGGCUGUUCAACACCGUCACCAGGCUCGUGGCCACUGUGGGUCUAGGGAUCCAAACCAGCAUCUAUAAUACCGCUGGCGGGUCCGCAGAGGGAGCAGGAGCCCUAAGGUACCGGCCUUACCAGGCGACAUUCUGGGUGUCAUUGGGAGGAGCAGUCCUGGCAAUGUUCCUGGUGCCGUUCUUAACUAUUGGUCGUCAGGGAGGACGAAAGAAGCCUGCUAAUGGAGGUCACGAGGAUUGA